UCCAGGAGUCCACAGGCUGCCUUCUCCUCCGGGUGGGGACGGUGUCCUGUGCCCGAGUCUGUCUAGGAAAGAUGAAGUUAAGCCGCCAGUUCACCGUGUUCGGCAGCGCGAUCUUCUGUGUUGUGAUCUUCUCGCUCUACCUGAUGCUGGACCGGGGCCACUUAGAUUACCCCAAGAACCCGCACCGCGAGGGGUCCUUUCCUCAGGGCCAGCUCUCGAUGUUGCAAGAAAAAAUAGACCAUUUGGAGCGUUUGCUAGCUGAGAAUAAUGAGAUCAUUUCAAAUAUUAGAGACUCGGUCAUCAAUUUGAGUGAAUCUGUGGAAGACGGUCCGAAAAGUUCACAAGGCAAUUUUAGCCAAGACGCUGGCUCACCUUUUCUGCCAUCGAAACGCUUAGCUCUCACAGUUGACCCCGAAGACUGCCUAUUUGCUUCACAAAGUGGAAGUCAGAAUUCAGAUGUGCAGAUGCUGGAUGUUUAUAGCCUGAUUCCUUUUGACAAUCCAGAUGGUGGCGUUUGGAAGCAAGGAUUUGACAUUACCUAUCAAUCAAAUGAAUGGGACACUAAGCCCCUUCAAGUGUUUGUGGUGCCUCAUUCCCAUAAUGACCCAGGUUGGUUGAAGACUUUUGAUGAGUACUUUCGCGAGAAGACUCAGUAUAUUUUUAAUAACAUGGUUAUUAAACUUAAAGAAGACUCCAGGAGGAAAUUCAUGUGGUCUGAGGUCUCCUAUUUUUCAAAGUGGUGGGAUACCAUAGAUAAUCAGAAGAAAGAUGUCGUUAAAAGUUUACUAGCAAAUGGUCAGUUUGAAAUUGUGACAGGUGGCUGGGUUAUGUCUGAUGAAGCUGCUACCCAUUAUUUUGCCAUAAUUGACCAACUAAUCGAAGGACAUCAGUGGCUGGAAAAAAAUCUAGGAGUGAAACCUCGAUCUGGUUGGGCUAUUGACCCUUUUGGACAUUCACCAACAAUGGCAUAUCUUCUAAAGCGUGCUGGAUUUUCUCAUAUGCUUAUCCAGAGAGUACACUAUUCAGUGAAAAAGCAUUUUGCACUGCAUAAAACACUGGAGUUUUUUUGGCGACAGAAUUGGGAUCUGGGAUCUGGCACAGAUAUUUUUUGCCACAUGAUGCCCUUCUACAGCUAUGACAUCCCUCACACUUGCGGACCUGAUCCUAAAAUAUGCUGCCAGUUUGAUUUUAAACGGUUUCCUGGAGGCAGAUUUGGUUGUCCCUGGGGAGUCCCCCCAGAAACAAUAACUCAUCAAAAUGUCCAUAACAGGGCUGAGAUGCUUCUAGACCAGUACCGAAAAAAGUCAAAACUUUUCCGUACUAAAGUUGUUCUGGCCCCACUGGGAGAUGACUUCCGCUACUGUGAACGCACAGAAUGGGAUCAUCAGUUCAAGAAUUACCAGAUGCUUUUUGAUUAUAUGAAUUCUCAACCUAAUCUUAAUGUUAAGAUACAAUUUGGGACUUUGUCCGACUAUUUUGAUGCAGUGGAUAAAGAAAAUGCAGCCAGCAAAGAGAAUAGCCAAUUACUUUUCCCUGUUCUAAGUGGAGAUUUUUUCACUUAUGCCGACCGAGAUGAUCACUAUUGGAGUGGUUACUUUACAUCCCGGCCCUUUUACAAACGAUUGGAUAGGAUACUGGAAUCCCAUUUAAGGGCUGCUGAAAUUCUUUACUACUUCGCCCUGAAACAAGCUCAGAAAUAUGACCUAGGUACAUUUCUUUCAUCAUCACAUUACACGGCACUGACUGAAGCCAGAAGGAAUUUGGGACUGUUUCAACAUCAUGAUGCUAUCACAGGAACUGCAAAAGAUUGGGUCGUGGUGGAUUAUGGAAUCAGACUCUUUCACUCCUUACUGAGCUUGAAGAAGAUAAUUGGACAUUCUGCACUGCUUCUUAUUUUGAAGGAUAAGCGCUCAUAUGACUUAUUCUCUUCUGAUACCCUCCUAGACAUGGAUUUCAAACAAAAGUCCCAAGGUUCUUUGCCACAAAAUAAUAUAAUAACUUUGAGUGCAGAGCCAAGGUCCCUUGUGGUCUUUAAUCCUUUAGAACAGGAGCGAAGUACUGUCGUCUCAAUCUUGGUGAGUUCCCCUAAAGUCCAGGUGUCAUCUGCUUCAGGAAAGCCUGUGGACAUUCAAGUCAGUGCCGUGUGGGAUGCAGCAAGCACUAUUUCAGAAACAACCUAUGAGAUCUCUUUUCUAGCACAAAUGCCACCAUUGGGACUGAAAGUGUAUAGGAUUUUGGAAUUAGCAAAUUCGAAUCCACAUUUAGCUGAGUAUAGCCUGUAUAAUGGGGAUAUAAAAGAUAAAGGAAUUUUCAACAUAAAAACUGUAAAAACUGCUGAAGAAGAUAUAACUCUAGAGAACUCCUAUAUUAAAAUUCGUUUUGCUCAAUCUGGGCUUAUGGAGGAAAUAAUAAACAAAGAAGAUGGCAAACAACAUGCAGUAAAGGUGCAGUUUUCAUGGUAUGGAACGACAAAUAAAAAAGACAAAAGUGGUGCCUACCUCUUCUUACCUGAUGGUGAAGCCAAGCCUUAUAUUUAUACAACACCACCCUUGGUCAGAGUGCAGCAUGGAAAGUUUUUUUCAGAUGUGACUUGCUUUUUUGAACAUGUUGUCCAUAGAGUCCGAUUGUACCACAUACAUGGGUUAGAAGGACAGUCUUUGGAAGUUUCCAAUAUUGUGGACAUCCGAAAAGAAUAUAACCGAGAGAUUGCAAUGAAGAUUUCUUCUAAUAUAAACAGCCAAAAUAAAUUUUAUGCUGACCUAAAUGGAUACCAGAUUCAACCUAGAAUGACAAUGAGCAAAUUGCCUCUUCAGGCAAAUGUCUAUCCAAUGACUACAAUGGUUUAUAUCCAGGAUGCCGAGUACCGCUUAUCUCUGCUCUCUGCUCAGUCUCUGGGUGUUUCAAGUUUGAAAAGUGGUCAGAUCGAAGUUAUCAUGGAUCGAAGACUCAUGCAAGAUGACAACCGUGGCCUUGACCAAGGUGUCCAUGAUAACAAGAUCACAGCUAGCUUAUUUCGAAUACUACUAGAAAAAAGAAGUGCCAUAAAUAUGGAAGAAGAAAAGAAGCCAGUCAGCUUUCCUUCCCUCUUUAGCCACAUGACUUCUUCUUUUCUCAAUCAUCCCAUCAUUUUAAUGGCAGAGAAGGUUUACACACCCACACUUCAGCUGCUUGGUGAAUUCUCUCCAUUGCAGUCAUCCUGGCCUUGUGAUAUUCACCUGGUUAAUCUGAGGACAAUACAGUCAAAGGUGGAUGGCAAACACUCCGAUGAAGCUGCCUUGAUCCUCCACAGGAAGGGAUUUGAUUGCCGUUUCUCUCAUAGAGACACAGGGCUGUUUUGCUCCAGCACCCAAGGAAAGAUAUUGGUACAGAAACUUUUUAGCAAGUUUACCGUUGCAAGUUUCAUACCUUCAUCGUUAUCCUUGAUGCAUUCACCUCCAGAUGCCCGAAACAUAAGUGAAAUUAAGUUGAGUCCCAUGGAAAUCAGCACAUUCCGAAUCCAGUUAAGGUGAAUUUGACUUCAUAUUUGGAUUGGGAAACAUUAGCUUUUGAUUUGACGUGCAAUAAGGAAGCACAUUAUUUUCGCUUCUGGCUACUGUGAGAACAUAAGUUCUGUGAUUUUUGUUUUUUAAUCAAUACAUUUAAAAAAAAAAGCCAUGCUAUACAUACUAUAAAUCAGUUUUGUUUUUUUUUUUUUUUUAACAUACCCUCUAUGAACUACCAACUUCAGUAUGAGUUGAUUCUACAAAUGAAGAAAUGUCUAAAGACAACCUCUCAACAUACUAUAUCUCAGGUUAUAUGCUAACUAAUUAUAUCUGUGUUGGGGUUGUGAAGAGAUUGUUUUAAGUAUUCAUAUAGCUGACCCUUUAUUAGUUUUACUAGAAUAUCCAUUUUUACCAAAAUGGAAUAAAAAGCUGGUGGGUGAUAGCUAAUGGCCAAAAUGGUUGCAAUUAUUCAUACACAUGAGAAAAAUUUUAUGUGUUGAAAUGUAGAAAAGUGCGAUCCAUCGACCCUUAUGAUAUACAUAGUUGAUUUUCACACCUUUUUCUAAUAUACCACUUGACCCUUCCCACCCUUUGUAUUUCCAGAAGUAUUAGAUUUUAAAUCAUUCAAUAGUAGGGAAAAAAGCAUAUUUUCAUUACUUGACAAUGUGGGAUAGGUGCAAUUUAUUCCAUUGUCAUUAAAAUAGAAGAAGCAAUUCCAUAGGUACCAUAACCUUCGUUAGGUACCAUAAGGUGUCUUUACACAGCUCAUUUGAAUACAGAUGUUCUGAAAAGGGGUUUUCUAUUUUAACAUUACCAUAUAAAAAUAAAUGUGCCUUAUUUUUUUAUAGGUCUUGUUAAAUUUUUUGGUGUCCAUAUAACUGUUUG